AUGUCCAAAUACUUAUUUAGAGUAUACCUUAUUUUCUUGAAUUUUGUAUGUAAGGACACAUUUUAUAGCUAUUUUAGUUGCUUUGAGUUGUGAUCCAGGUUAUAUUGAAGUUGAAGGAUUUUGUAUAAAUAUAAGUAAUUGCCCGACUAAUUGUUUAAGUUGUCAGAUAAGUACAACGUGUGAUACAUGCUUGCCAGGAUAUUAUUGUAUUACUUAUAUCUAUUUUCCUGCUAGUAUAGGUGUCUGCAUUUUUUACAAAAUGUGAGGCUUGUUCUGAUGGAUGCAAAGUUUGCAGCAGUAAUAAUAAUUGUUCGAUCUGUUUUCCAAACUAUUACAUAUCUGGUUUGAUUUGUUAGCCUUGUCCUAUUUAGUGUGCAACGUGUACAUCUAACAAUGUAUGUUAAACUUGCAAGGAUUCUUAUUACAUGAUUGGAACUAUGUGUUCAGUUUGUGAUACUUCAUGCAAGACAUGUUUAGGUACGAUUAGUACAUGUACAUCAUGUGAUGAUGGCAAAUACCUUUCUGUUUCAUAAUGUUUUCCUUGUUCGUCUCCAUGUGCUACUUGUGUCAAUAAUGCCAAUGAUUGUACUUCUUGCAUUGGUUAUGAUGUAACAUUAGUGAAUAAUAAAUGUGUUUGUGAUGAUGGAUUUUACGUUGAUGCAUCAAAUUAAUGUUAACCUUGUUCAGAACCAUGUGCUAAUUGUGUCAAUAAUGCCAAUGAUUGUACUUCUUGCAUUGGUUAUGAUGUAACAUUAGUGAAUAAUAAAUGUGUUUGUGAUGAUGGAUUUUACGUUGAUGCAUCAAAUUAAUGUUAACCUUGUUCAGAACCAUGUGCUAAUUGUGUCAAUAAUGCCAAUGAUUGUACUUCUUGCAUUGGUUAUGAUGUAACAUUAGUGAAUAAUAAAUGUGUUUGUGAUGAUGGAUUUUACGUUGAUGCAUCAAAUUAAUGUUAACCUUGUUCAGAACCAUGUGCUAAUUGUGUCAAUAAUGCCAAUGAUUGUACUUCUUGCAUUGGUUAUGAUGUAACAUUAGUGAAUAAUAAAUGUGUUUGUGAUGAUGGAUUUUACGUUGAUGCAUCAAAUUAAUGUUAACCUUGUUCAGAACCAUGUGCUAAUUGUGUCAAUAAUGCCAAUGAUUGUACUUCUUGCAUUGGUUAUGAUGUAACAUUAGUGAAUAAUAAAUGUGUUUGUGAUGAUGGAUUUUACGUUGAUGCAUCAAAUUAAUGUUAACCUUGUUCAGAACCAUGUGCUAAUUGUGUCAAUAAUGCCAAUGAUUGUACUUCUUGCAUUGGUUAUGAUGUAACAUUAGUGAAUAAUAAAUGUGUUUGUGAUGAUGGAUUUUACGUUGAUGCAUCAAAUUAAUGUUAACCUUGUUCAGAACCAUGUGCUAAUUGUGUCAAUAAUGCCAAUGAUUGUACUUCUUGCAUUGGUUAUGAUGUAACAUUAGUGAAUAAUAAAUGUGUUUGUGAUGAUGGAUUUUACGUUGAUGCAUCAAAUUAAUGUUAACCUUGUUCAGAACCAUGUGCUACUUGUGUCAAUAAUGCCAAUGAUUGUACUUCUUGCAUUGGUUGUGAUUUAACAUUAGUGAAUAAUCAAUGUGUUUGUGAUGAUGGAUUUUACGCUGAUGCAUCAAACUAUUGUUAGCCUUGCACUGCUCCAUGUUCAAAAUGUUAAUAUAAUGCUACUAAUUGUACUGGAUGUAUUUUAACCUAUACAUUAAGUUAGGUUAUAUAAUCUAAAUGUGAAUGCUCUUAUGGCUAUUUUUAGUUUGAUUAACAAACAUGUAAGCCAUGCAUAAGUCCAUGUUAAACCUGUGAAUAAGAUGAGAAUAAAUGCAUAACUUGUGUUGAUAUGAAUUAAUUAGUAACAGAUUUACAUCAGUGUAUAUGUAAAACAGGUUGGAUUUUUAAUACUGAUGGAAUCACAUGUAUCCAAUGUUAAUUACCAUGUUUAAGUUGCGUAGAUACAGUAAANGAAAUUUAGAGUGAAAAUUAAUUAAAUUAAUGAUAGUAAAAUAAAAUGGAUUGAAUAUUUUUAAUUAAUCUCUCAUAAAUAUUUAUUUAUAUAAAACGCUUAUUACAUCAUCAAUUUUGUCACAUAAAUUUAUUUUUUUUUAAUGUCCAAAUACUUAUUUAGAGUAUACCUUAUUUUCUUGAAUUUUGUAUGUAAGGACACAUUUUAUAGCUAUUUUAGUUGCUUUGAGUUGUGAUCCAGGUUAUAUUGAAGUUGAAGGAUUUUGUAUAAAUAUAAGUAAUUGCCCGACUAAUUGUUUAAGUUGUCAGAUAAGUACAACGUGUGAUACAUGCUUGCCAGGAUAUUAUUGUAUUACUUAUAUCUAUUUUCCUGCUAGUAUAGGUGUCUGCAUUUUUUACAAAAUGUGAGGCUUGUUCUGAUGGAUGCAAAGUUUGCAGCAGUAAUAAUAAUUGUUCGAUCUGUUUUCCAAACUAUUACAUAUCUGGUUUGAUUUGUUAGCCUUGUCCUAUUUAGUGUGCAACGUGUACAUCUAACAAUGUAUGUUAAACUUGCAAGGAUUCUUAUUACAUGAUUGGAACUAUGUGUUCAGUUUGUGAUACUUCAUGCAAGACAUGUUUAGGUACGAUUAGUACAUGUACAUCAUGUGAUGAUGGCAAAUACCUUUCUGUUUCAUAAUGUUUUCCUUGUUCGUCUCCAUGUGCUACUUGUGUCAAUAAUGCCAAUGAUUGUACUUCUUGCAUUGGUUAUGAUGUAACAUUAGUGAAUAAUAAAUGUGUUUGUGAUGAUGGAUUUUACGUUGAUGCAUCAAAUUAAUGUUAACCUUGUUCAGAACCAUGUGCUAAUUGUGUCAAUAAUGCCAAUGAUUGUACUUCUUGCAUUGGUUAUGAUGUAACAUUAGUGAAUAAUAAAUGUGUUUGUGAUGAUGGAUUUUACGUUGAUGCAUCAAAUUAAUGUUAACCUUGUUCAGAACCAUGUGCUAAUUGUGUCAAUAAUGCCAAUGAUUGUACUUCUUGCAUUGGUUAUGAUGUAACAUUAGUGAAUAAUAAAUGUGUUUGUGAUGAUGGAUUUUACGUUGAUGCAUCAAAUUAAUGUUAACCUUGUUCAGAACCAUGUGCUAAUUGUGUCAAUAAUGCCAAUGAUUGUACUUCUUGCAUUGGUUAUGAUGUAACAUUAGUGAAUAAUAAAUGUGUUUGUGAUGAUGGAUUUUACGUUGAUGCAUCAAAUUAAUGUUAACCUUGUUCAGAACCAUGUGCUAAUUGUGUCAAUAAUGCCAAUGAUUGUACUUCUUGCAUUGGUUAUGAUGUAACAUUAGUGAAUAAUAAAUGUGUUUGUGAUGAUGGAUUUUACGUUGAUGCAUCAAAUUAAUGUUAACCUUGUUCAGAACCAUGUGCUAAUUGUGUCAAUAAUGCCAAUGAUUGUACUUCUUGCAUUGGUUAUGAUGUAACAUUAGUGAAUAAUAAAUGUGUUUGUGAUGAUGGAUUUUACGUUGAUGCAUCAAAUUAAUGUUAACCUUGUUCAGAACCAUGUGCUAAUUGUGUCAAUAAUGCCAAUGAUUGUACUUCUUGCAUUGGUUAUGAUGUAACAUUAGUGAAUAAUAAAUGUGUUUGUGAUGAUGGAUUUUACGUUGAUGCAUCAAAUUAAUGUUAACCUUGUUCAGAACCAUGUGCUACUUGUGUCAAUAAUGCCAAUGAUUGUACUUCUUGCAUUGGUUGUGAUUUAACAUUAGUGAAUAAUCAAUGUGUUUGUGAUGAUGGAUUUUACGCUGAUGCAUCAAAUUAAUGUUAGCCUUGUUCGUCCCCAUGUUCUACUUGUGUCAAUAAUGCCAAUGAUUGUACUUCUUGCAUUGGAGGUGCUGUAACAUUAGUGAAUAAUCAAUGUGUUUGUGAUGAUGGAUUUUACGCUGAUGCAUCAAACUAUUGUUAGCCUUGCACUGCUCCAUGUUCAAAAUGUUAAUAUAAUGCUACUAAUUGUACUGGAUGUAUUUUAACCUAUACAUUAAGUUAGGUUAUAUAAUCUAAAUGUGAAUGCUCUUAUGGCUAUUUUUAGUUUGAUUAACAAACAUGUAAGCCAUGCAUAAGUCCAUGUUAAACCUGUGAAUAAGAUGAGAAUAAAUGCAUAACUUGUGUUGAUAUGAAUUAAUUAGUAACAGAUUUACAUCAGUGUAUAUGUAAAACAGGUUGGAUUUUUAAUACUGAUGGAAUCACAUGUAUCCAAUGUUAAUUACCAUGUUUAAGUUGCGUAGAUACAGUAAAUACAUGUGUUACUUGUUAAGAUCAGUUACAUCAAUAACCUAAUUCUUGUUAAUGUGAAUCUGGAUGGAUAAAUGACAAUAAUUACUUUUGCAUACCUUGUUAAUAGCCAUGUAAUACUUGUGAGAUAUCUACAUCAAAAUGCUUGACAUGCUUAGAUAUUAAUCAUGAACUUAAUAACAUGUCAUAAUGUGUUUGCAAAUCCACUUAUUAUUCUGAUAGUUUAAUCACAUGUGCAAAGUGUUAGGAACCAUGUUAUUAAUGUGAUAUAAAUGGAUGUAUCAACUGCAUAGAUAUAAAUCAAAUUUUAGAUUCCAAUAAAUAAUGUGUUUGUAAACCUGGAUAUCUUUAAUAAGGCAUUUUAUGUUUGCAAUGUCAAAAUCAAUGUUCUACUUGUAUAAAUACUGUUGAUGAAUGUCAAACAUGUGUGGAUCCAAAUUAGAUAGUCAAAGAUUAUUAAUGCUAAUGUAAAGAAGGUUUUUUGAGGAAGGGAGAUUAUUGUUGUGAUUAAUAUUGCAUAGAUUGUUAAGGAAUAGAUAAUUGUAAUAAUUGUAUGAAAGGAUUCUAUUUAUCCACAAUUAGUAGAUGUUUAGAAUGUAUUGAUCAUUGCGACGUUUGCUAUAAUUAAGUAAAUUGUGAAAUUUGUUAAGAUGGAUAUUUUAUAAAUGACAUUAGAUAAUGUGAACUGUGUAUUUCUUCUUGUAAGGUUUGCAACAAUACAUUGAGUUGUGAUAUAUGUUUUGAUGGAUAUUAUUUACUGGAUUAGAAAUGUGAGCCAUGCAAUCAAAAUUGUUUAACUUGUAGUGAAUUAUCAGAAAAAUGUCUUACUUGUAGUACUAAUUAUGAAAUUAAUUCUAAUAAUUAAUGUAUCUGUAAAGUUGGAUAUUAUGAAUAAUAGAAUUAAUGUUAUAAAUGUGAAUACCCAUGUAAAUUAUGUUUAAGUUAAACAAUAUGUUAAGAAUGCGUUCUACUAUCUAAUUUACAUUUAGAUUUAAAUUUUCAAUGUAAUUGUAUUUCAGGGUACUUCUGGAAUAAUAACAGUUGUUCUUAAUGUUAUGAAUCUUGCUUAACUUGUAUGGACAAUUAAUUUAAUUGUAUGAGUUGUGACUAAAAACUUCAUCGAGUUUUAAAUAAUAAUAGAUGUUAUUGUACUUAAGAUUAUUUUGAAAAUGAAGAUGGAAUUUGUAUAUCAUGUUUGGAUAAAUUAGGGAAAUCUUAAGUAAGUUGCAAAUAUUAAGAUUGUAAGGAUUUAAUUUGGACAUAUGGGGAAGAAUGUGAUGAUGGAAAUGAUGUAAAUAGAGAUGGUUGUUCUAAUUGUAAGAUUGAUCAUAACUAUUCUUGUUUUAAUGAAAUACAAAAGUAAUCAAUUUGUUUUUAAUGUCCAACUAAUUGCAUAUCAUGCCAAAUGAAUCCUUUAACAAAUAAAUCAUAAUGUAUUAAAUGCAAAAUAGGUUAUUUCCUAAAUAAAAAUGAUUGUGUUGAAUGUUCAAUUAAUUGUUUUGAAUGCAUUGAUAAAGCUUAAAAUUGCAUAAGUUGUAGGUUUCCACAAUAGAAGAAUCAUAAGUGUUAACCUUGUGAAUCAGGAUAUUAUGCAGAUGAAUCAAAUAGAACUUGUUUAAAUAAAUGUGGAGAUUACAUUAAAGUAAAGGAGGAGGAAUGUGACGAUGGAAAUCUUAUUAAAGGUGAUGGAUGCAAUGAUUAAUGUAAGCUAGAAAAUGCAUUUAUAUAUCUAAAUGGAGUAAGUAUCCUACCAAAUUAUCCAAAACCAUUAUUAUAAAUUGCAGAUAUUUCUUAAAUCUACUCUGUUAUUCGAUUAUUCAAAUUAUCAUACACAACUCGCAUAGUUAUACCUGAAGGUUUCUAAAUUAUAGAUUAUCUAUCCUUUCAUAUCUAAAAUGAUUAGAGUGUCUAGCAAAUUGAUCAGUAAUUUCAACUUACACAAGAAGUUUCAUUGAUUAAAGAGUUUAAUUAAUCUGAAUUAAGUUUGAUGAUUAAUAUCUCUUUUAAAAGAAGUUCACAAGACGAAUUUUUAUUAAUCAGAUUCUUAAAUAACUCAAUUAUUUAAUCAAAUGAAGGAUACUCCCAGAUCGAAAAGGAAGUUUCUUGCCUUAUACCAAAAGUGGUUUACAUAGAUGAUGUCACCAUUGCUCAAGUGCAAUUAACAACAACGAGUAACUCAUAUAUGCUUUACUUUAUUGGUGCAAUGUGUGGAGGAUCAAUCUUAUUUGGAGGAGUUGAAGUCUUUUUUAAUUUAUUGGAUACUCUCUAAAUGUUAUCUUAUUUGAAAUAUAUUAACACCCAAUUUCCAUAUAAUUUAUAAGCAUACUUUAAACUUUUUGGAUUUGCUUAAUUUAAUUUUAUUUAAAAGAUUUUUGAUUUCUCAGGAUUUAUUGAUUAAAUGCUUGAUAUAAAAAAAUUAAAGAAGAUACCCACUAAAAUAGCAAGUGAUGAUAUAACAUCAUUAUUUAUUAUUAAUGCUGCAACAAUUGCAACAGUUUGGAUUUCUCUUUUUACCAUCUAUGCAAUUGCAAAAGUGAUACCUAAAAUUUUAAAUUCACUGAAACUUAAGUUUUAUUCUGAAUCUUCAGGUGAAAAUCAUAGACUUAUCAAAAUUGGAGUAUACUAUUUAACUAUUAAGUUUAUCAUUAAUAGAUUGUGCUUUACUAUCAUUUCAGAAUUCUUUUAUAGUGGAAUCUUACGUGCUCAUAUGGCUACUGCAUAUGAUUUUACUUUCAGUGUAAUACUGUAAUUGUAUGCAUUAGAACUAAACUCUCCAAAUUUGCUUAUCAGAUUUAGUUCAAUUUUAGCUUGUGUCGCAAUAACAAUAUAUGUUUUUAGCAUCUAUUUUGUAAUAAAACUAUCUUCAAUGAAGAAAUAUGCUUUUAAUAAUCAAGCUAUCUAAAUUAAGUAUGGAUCUAUAUUUGAUGGUAUUAAGAUUAAUCAAUUUUCCAAAUAUCUUAAUGUAAUACUUCUAAUCAAAAAAAUUAUCUUUAUGUAUUUAUUAAUUUUCGCAUAUGAAUUUCCAAUUUUUUAAACUGUCAGUAUUACAUUUCUAUCAAUCUCUAUGAGUUUAUUUUAUAUCUUAUUUAAUCCACUAUUGGAUAAAUUGGAGUAUUAUAAAUAGUUAUUGAGUGAAGUUAGCACAUCUUUUACACUAUUGAGCAUUACAAUUCUGACUUGUGAUGUUGAAUUAGUAUAUCUUCCAUAUGAAAUUCAACAAUAUUUUGGAUGGAGUGGUAUUAUUUUUAUGACAUCAAUAUUAUGUAUUCAAUUAGGAAUCGAUGGUUUUUAAUAAUGGAAGUUUCUUUUUCAAAAAUAUAAGCAAAUAAGAAGACUAGCUUAAACAAUACUUAGAGUAUUUUAAUAGAACAAUUAAGAAUGUGCUCCAUCUAGCGUUUUCUAAUGA